AUGAUCACGGUAAAGCCGAGAAGAAGCGAAAGAGACGCCAAAGAUGUGGCCAAAGUCGAAGAUGUGGCGAAAGUCGAAGACGAAGCCAAAUAUAAGGCCAAUGGCAACGAUCAAGCCAAGACAAAACCCAAGGACGAAGCCCAAGGCAUAGAAAAAUACGGACAUAGAGGUGAGAGUGAGGAUGACGAUGGGAGUGAGGUGAAGUUGAGGAUAAAGUGGAAGUUAAAUUUAGAGUUGGGAAUAAACAAAUGA